AUCUCCGUCAAAAAAAAACUGCCCGCCAUCAGUUUCCCCUUUUUCUGCUAAGAAAAAAGCAGCUGGUUUAGUCCGGUCUUGAAGUGUAGAAAUUGCGGCGGCGUUUCGACUUGGCGGGAAUGCACAAAGGUCCUGCCAAAGAGAACAGCGACCAGACGUGGGAAAAACGGGAGCAUCCGUGUGACUUGUCAUCUUAAGAGCAGUCUAUGGUAAGGAGAAUUAUGUGGAAAACACUGCUGCGGAUAGAACUGGGGGCAGCAGGGAACCAGGCCCCUUCUGUACUCCCCUUCCUUCUCCCUGGACUCCGAUAUGGGUCGUCUUCAGCUAUCGAUCAGCAUCACGAGCUGGCCAGGGAGCGAUCCAAGACGGUCACCUCUUUCUACAAUCAAUCUGCCAUUGAUGCAGCCGCUGAAAAGAAAAGCUCCCGUUACCUGCACCACGAGCUGCCGGUCCGUAUUGCUCACCGCAUCAAAGGGUUUCGAAGCCUUCCCUUCAUCAUUGGCUGCAACCCCACCAUCCUCCAUGUGGUAGGCGCCCCAAGGUCUGCGGGGAAGCAUCGGAAAGAGAUGGCCCAUAACUGGCGUUGGAUCCCAGACUUUGUUGGAAUCAUCUGCACCCGCUUGUCACCAAAGAAAAUAAUCGAAAAAUGGGUGGAUUUUGCCAGGCGCCUGUGUGAACACAAGUAUGGCAACGCACCUCAGGUGCGGAUCAAUGGGCAUGUGGCGGCUCGCUUCCCUUUCAUUCCAAUGCCUCUGGAUUACAUCCUUCCAGAGUUGCUGAAGAACGCAAUGCGAGCUACGAUGGAAUCUCACCUGGAUACCCCAUACAAUGUGCCAGACAUUAUCAUCACGAUUGCCAACAAUGAUAUUGACCUCAUCAUAAGGAUUUCAGACCGAGGAGCAGGAAUCCCUCACGACCACGUCGACAAGGUCACCGAUUACCACUUUACCACUGCCGAAGCGAGCAAUCAGGAUCCCCGGAUGAACAGCCUCUUCGGGAACAUGGUGGAAAUGGGGAACAGUGCCCAGUCGGGCCCCAUGCACGGGUUCGGAUUUGGCUUGCCAACUUCCCGGGCUUACGCUGAGUAUCUGGGUGGUUCCUUGACCCUCCAGUCCCUGCAGGGCAUUGGCACAGAUGUCUACCUCCGUCUCAAGCACAUUGAUGGCAAAGAGGAAAGUUUCCGCAUUUAGAACGGCCCCCCACAACGAGACUAACCCCCUUCCUUGCUUCUGGAGAAAGCUUUAAAUACCUGCACCAAACCCACAUUGGCAUGGAUUCCAUCUCCCUUUCCUCUCUCACCUGAGAUUCCUAAGCAUCUGCUGUGCUCUCCUCACGAAGCCUUUUGAUCCUUGUGGACACCUCGAUAUGGCGAGAAAGGAACAGAGGGCUUCCUCUCCUCCUGUGUGGUUGCUGUUCAGAACAUUGCUUCCUGAUGCAUCCCCUAGUCCUGCUGCGUUGGUGCAUCUUCGGUGGUCCUUGAGUUGGCCUCUUGAACCCAAGUAGCCCAAAGCGUAUCUCUCCCGUUCCCACAUGGAAGCACUCAAGGCCACCAAGAGCAUCCGUGCAAAGCAGUGUUGUUUCUCCAUCAUUUACUUGCACACUGCCAAUCCCACCUGUGGCCUUGACCCAACCUCCUCCUCUGUUGACUUCCGACGCAUUUGAAGAUGCACGGCGAAAGGAGGUUUCCACCGUCACAUACGUCACAGAAGGGAUCCCAACACAUAGGGCCACUCAGCACUUCUUCCUCUCUAUGGUUUGACUCUUAAUGACAGGAUAGGGCAUCUGAAAAGUUCUCCCUUGCUGCCAUCUUAAGAUUUGGAGGUGGGUUUCCUGUUUGGGAGUUAGAAUUUAUCUGUCGGUUAGCAAAGAGAAUUUUCAUGGUGCACAAUGGUGGAAGAUGAUGGCCUAAGGGGAAUAAAA